UAUAUUUAGAGGUGAUCUUUGUCAAUGUCAAAUGGACUACAAGUUUUAUACAGACUGAAACACUAAUUACUCUGAAAAAAGGUUCUGAGAAUAGAAGAUUAGAAUAAAUCAGCAAAGAGACGCUGCUUAGUUUCGACGAAGACAUCAAAUCGAAAGUGUCAUGCGAAGGCUUUAUGUGUAGAUUGUAUCAGUAAAUAAUGGCGACAGCAACAACUGUAAAACCAACAGAAGAGAAAGCCCAUUGCUUCAGACUUCUUUCUUUAGUGGUAGACGGAGGUGCACUAGUGCUGCGUCACCAGUUUGACCAGGCUAUUCCACCUAAAGAUUUAUACAAUAGACUAUGGGAUCCUCAAGUUCGUAGAAAGCUGAAUGAUUUGAAGAGAAAGAAUCAAAUUACACACUAUCAGUUUGAUCUCCUUUAUCCGCAAAUUGGUCAGCCUGUUUCACAAAAAUUGAUAUCAGCUUGUUAACCUGCCUAUUGCGCUACAUAUGUGGUUUAGAUGAACAGUCUCAGUCAUGGCAAGGUAUCCCGUCCUUAUCUGAUACGUCAUUAGAAUCCGACAUUCACAGAAUGAGAUUGGUCCGAAAUGAGAUGUGUCAUCUGACAUCACUUUCGUUAACUGAACAGGUUUUUUCACGGAUAUGGAACGAAACAGAGCAGGUGAUUAUCCGGCUAGGGCAUGGAAUUCCUACACUAAAACAAGAUAUUCAGAAGUUAAAGGAUUGCAGCAUUGAUCCAGAGAAGGAAAAGUACUAUCAGGAAAAGCUUAAACAGUGGGACGAACUUGACACUAUCAAAACCAAAUUAACUGACAUCGAGAGCAAUGUUAAAGACAUUGGAAAGAAACUCGAACAAUUAAAAGUUACAAAUAUUAAAAGUCGGGAACUAGAAUCACGACAAAGUAACUUAGAACAAGCUGUUCAUGCUGACAGGAUUAAAACUGACGAAACAUAUAAACGUGUUUGUGAAAAUGAAAUGAAAGCAAAGCAGAUAGAAGAAUCAGUCGCUCAGCUGUCUGAGAAAACAAGAGACAAAACAGGAGAUGGUCUUCUUAAAAUAUCACCAGAAUUGGAAAGCCUCUGCUCUACGACAAGACUGUAUUUGGAAGAUGCUGAUCGUAAUAAAAUUUACGUCGAAACAACUGUCCAUCUUAAGGCUAAAGAAACGUUGAAAAAUUCAAAUUGUCUGAUACUCACUGGGCUACCUGGAGAAGGUAAAACUACAAUGGCUACAAAACUGAUCAAUGAAACUACAGAUACUGAUUCCGUCUUGAAGCUAAGAGAGCCUUCAGAUUGGAAACUUGUAGAUUUAAGUUCGAAUCGUUUCAAUACAAUAUUCAUUGAUGAUAUAUUUGGAGCAGGUUCAUUUGAUGACAAGUUACAUAGAGGUUGGUCAACAUACUUGCCGGAAAUAGAGAAAGCUGUUAAGAAAAACAAACUUAAAGUAAUUAUAACAACCCGACAUUAUAUCUUCGAGGAAGCAAAAGAGAAAAUGCGCCGAAUGCACUUGUUCAAAGAAGAAAACGUAAUUUGUCUUGAUUCAACUAAGUUGACAAUGUCAGAGAGAACUCAAAUGCUAAAAAACCAUCUAAAACAUGCAGAUAAUGAAUUUGCGUCUGGAUUUAUCCACAACUGCAAUACGACAUAUGGAUAUUCAUUCUCAAAUACCAGUUAUGGUUAUUUGCCAAGACAACAACCAGACACAAGUACAUACAUAUGGGGUGGCAAACGAAUAGGAUUUCCUGAAAUUGUUGAACUCUUCGUUAACUCAGAACAACUAUAUACACAAGGAGCAUCUUUCUUUGAAAAACCAGUAGCGUUCUUCAAAACAUGCAUGGAAGAUCUUUUCCUCGAUGAAGAAAAAUUCCUUGCAUUAAUUUUGCUUUGGUCAAGACCACUCCAAAAAUUACAAUUCCAAGAACUUUGUCAGUCCCCGAUUCCAUCUGAUAUUAAAAAGAUUAUACAAAAAUUCAAUUUCGAGUUAAACAGACCUCUGUUCAAAGUUUUACGGGAAUCAUUAAAGCAGCAUACAGGUGGAUAUCUGAGAUUUGAACCCAGAACCGGCACAUACUCAUUCUGUCAUAACAUUGUGAAAGAUAUGGUUGGGCUUGUUGCGAGCAAAAAGUAUCCUGAAGCUGUUCUACAGUUCGCAAAAGCUGAAUUUAUCAUGCAGUAUGUUACAACAGACCCAGGAAAAGAUGAUGGUUAUCAUCUGUACAUAGAAGAAUACAUGUUCGAACAGUUGCGACAAGUUAUAUGCCACGCACUACCCUUUAACCCCUCUCAAAGAAGAUCUACGGAGUAUCUUUUUCGUCUUGCGUUUGAAAAUGUGAAUUUAAAUGCGUCAGUUCUUGCCCAUGAUUGUUUCUGCAAUAGGUCGUUCAUCACUUCAUUUUACAACAGCAAAGUUGGAAAAGAUCUUUUAUCAAAACCAGUUGCUACACUAUCUCCCGUGUUUAGUAAGCGAUAUGGACUUCGUUUACCACGCAUGAAAUGUAUGGUGUACCUUCCUACACUUGCGCUGCUUUAUCGAAACACUGAACUGCUGGAAGAAUUUUUGAAGUUCAGUUUUGAUCCAAAGUCUGUUAUGUCUGCUCAGUUUUUGGAGAUGUCUCUUUUGAUUGCCGUUCACGCUGGGAUGACAUCUGCAACUUCAAUGAUGCUAGGUUGUGGGGCAGUUUCCAAUGAAAACGUCAUAUUAGUUGCUGCACUUAACUCAAAUAUCGAAAUACUGGAUAUUCUUUUAGUUAACCGUCCGAGAGACUACGACACACAUUCAUAUAUUAUCAACAACAACAGUCCCUUGAUUGCAGCAUCAAAACAAGGACUUGUUUCAUCAGUUGACUGCCUUAUUACGCAUAAGGUAAACGUAAACCACCGUAAUAAAUGGAGAAGUUUAUCAGCAUUGGAUAAAGCAGCACAAUAUGUUCAAUAUGAGGUAUGUCGAAUUUUACUGGAAAACGGAGCACAAGUAAAUGACAACGGAAACAAAUACAAAAGGACUCCUCUCCAUAUUGUUGCAGAUGCGGGUAGUUCGAAUAGAUAUGCAGUAGUAGAAAUAACCAAACUGUUUAUUAGAUGUGGUGCUUCGUUGCAUAUAAAGGAUUCUCGGGGUCAUUGGCCAAUUCAUUGUGCGGCUAUACGCUGCAACAACGAUGUCGUGGAGACGCUGCUAGAAGAAGACGUCUUUCAAGCUUCUGUUAGAGUCAAAUCAUAUGGUAAGCUAUCUUUGAUAAAGGGUAUGGACCUCUUUCAUAUCGCAGUAUGGAAAAAUAACCCGGACUUGAUUGACAGACUUCUGCAGUACAACGCUGAUCCAAAUAUGCAAGAUUUCUACGGGAGAACUCCUUUUUAUUGCGCUGUUUACAAUGGAAAUUUGAAAAUAAGUAAGAAACUCCUGAAUGUGGCUGAUAUUCGUCAAGCGGAGAAGACAGGCCUUACUCCGUUGCAUGCUGCUGUACGCAAUGGCAACUCGAAGUUGGUCAAAAUGAUUUGUCCAGCUGCAGAUAUCAACGCAAGAGACAAGUACGGCAAAACACCAUUACAUAUCGCUUGUGAAACAAAGAAUGUAAAGCUAUUCAGAAUGCUUGUCAUAUAUUACAGAGCAGAUGUUCGGAUGCUGACAAACGAGGGCGAGACAAUAUUUGGAAUUCUCAAAAAACCGUCAACACAAACACAGAAACGAAAAAUGAAGAAGAAUGAUGCGAAACGAUUUUUAUCCACAGAUUUGUUCGAAAAAUUCAUUCUCAUAGUUGAAAGCGUUGAUGUUGAAUUUGCACAUAGCUGGAAAGACCUAUCUUCAAGUUCAUUUCUGUAAACAAGUGACAGUUCCGCUUUCCGGGUGAAAAUUGAUAUGUCUAAACAAAACAGAUAUUUUGGUGCAGUCUCGUUGAAGUAUAGCUUUACAAAUAUUUGGGACAUACUCAUUUGAAAUACAUCCAAAAUAGUGACACAUAGUGUAUUAGUCGUUAACAAAUGAAUAAUACAAAUAAAAUCAAAAUAUCUGAACAUAAACUAUUCUGGAAAUGAAAACGUUACACGCUUAUGCUAGAUUAAAUGGUCAUCCUAUCCAGAAUGGAAAAAUAAUACUUGGAAUAUGUGACAAUGCCUUUAUUUCAAAAAAGAGAACCUAGUAAGGCUAGCAUCAAAGACAUGUUGGACGCAUGCAACAUAAUGUAUAUGCGAUAACACAAUCUUCCUGUUUAGAAUCUAAAUAGUUGUAUCCUGUGUUUAUAAAUAAGCUAUUGUAAAAUUAGUAAACGUGUGAUUUAAGUC